AUGGCCGAGGUUCUUCUCUCAGCCUUCCUACAGGUGGUGAUGGAGAAGGCAGCCGACCAUGUUCUCCAACAAUUUGGAGCGAUGUGGGGCAUCCAUGGGAAGCUAGAAAAGCUCGAAAGAAUGCUGUCGGCAAUCCGGGACAGACUUGGAGAUGCAGAGGAGCGGCAAGUCAAGGAAGCGGGUGUGAAGAGCUGGUUGGCAGCACUGAAGGAUGCAGCCUACGAAGCAGACGACAUACUGGAUGAGUUCAAUGUGGAAGCAAUGCGGCGGAAGGCAGAGAUUCAGAUCGAUAUGAUAAAAAAGGUGCGCAGCUUCUUUUCUCUUGGCAAUCCAGUUUGGUUUCGCCUUAAGAUGGGGCGAGAGUUGCAUGCUAUUGUUGAAAAAAUAGAGAAACUAGUGGACGAGGGAAAUAAAUUUGGUUUCACCGUCAAAACCCAACCCCAAAACAGGGACAGGCCACAAACCCACUCCUAUGUUGAUGAGUCAGAGGUCAUUGGUAGGGAGGAAGAUAAAGAAAAAAUAGUGAAGUUGUUACUUGAUCAUGAUAACAACCAGAAUGUUGCAGUCCUUCCAUAG